UUUUAAAGGAAAACAUUUUUAGGGCACUUUUCCUUCCCAGUUUAAGCAGCACAAAAUGGCACCAAAGAAGGACGUAAAGAAACCAGCAGCAGCCGCAGCACCAGCGCCUGCACCGGCACCAGCACCUGCACCAGCCAAGCCCAAAGAACCUGCCAUCGACCUCAAGAGCAUCAAGAUCGAGUUCUCCAAGGAGCAGCAGGAUGACUUCAAGGAGGCCUUCCUCCUCUUUGACAGGACUGGUGAUGCCAAGAUCACCCUCAGCCAAGUUGGCGAUAUUGUCCGGGCGCUGGGGCAGAACCCUACCAAUGCAGAGAUCAACAAAAUCCUGGGGAACCCCAGCAAAGAGGAGAUGAACGCCAAGAAGAUUACCUUUGAGGAGUUCCUGCCCAUGCUGCAAGCAGCUGCCAACAACAAGGAGCAGGGCACCUUUGAGGACUUUGUUGAAGGUCUGCGUGUCUUUGACAAGGAAGGCAAUGGCACAGUCAUGGGGGCUGAGCUCCGCCACGUGCUGGCUACUCUGGGUGAGAAGAUGACAGAAGAAGAAGUAGACGAGCUCAUGAAAGGCCAGGAGGACUCAAAUGGCUGCAUCAACUACGAGGCAUUUGUAAAGCACAUCCUGUCUGUCUAAGAGGAAUUCCCCAGGUACCAAAUGAACGAGCCAAAAUUAGAAAGACCAGAUGGCACUGGAGAUAUGCCUGAAAUUCUUGCUCAGUCUGUCAACAUGGAAACUGCAUAGAACUGGAUGAUAUGACUCCAACCCCA